UUUUUUCAUACUACAAUCACAAUCACUAGCACUCUUUCAAGUGCAAACAUUCCUUUCUCUUCUCACUCACACUCCAAUCCAUCUCUUCUUCUCUCUUUUAUUAUCUCCAAUUUUAGUUGGUUUUUAUUGCUAAUUUAUGCCAUUUGAUUUGGGGGAUUAACCAAAUUUCUUAGGUUAAACCUUGAAUCUCCUCCAUUUUUCAUAUAAAGCUUGCCUUUUUGGUUUAAUUCGGAUUGCUGGGCUGCUUUCCGAGGUUAGGAGUUCGCUUCAUUUACUUGGAAUUGAUUUAUGAAUUGAAGAGAAAGCUUCUUUACAAUGGAUAAGAUGCCAUCUGAUUGUCCAUACCCCGGUUGCUUUUUCUGUGUUAUGAAAGAAGGAAAUCCGAGCAAAAGAAGAAGCAGCAUCCUAAAGUUCUUUAGAGAGCUUCCUUCUCAAGAUGAUGACGGCCAAGUGCUCCCUAUCAGUGGCCUUUGGAAUACUGCCAUGGCACAUCCAAAUGAUCCCGAGUUCAUUGACUUGGGGAUAUUCGAAUGCAUGUCAGCCUUAAUAUGGAAAGGAUUAAAGAACAGACGUUGGCUUUCUCAUGACCAAAAUAUUUACAUUCCAUAUUAUGCUGCACACAUAAUUGGAUCUUACACUAUGAAUUUGGAGGAGUUUGCGGAAAGUGCUGUUCAUGCUGGAGUCAUUCCUCCACUGGUUGAACUUUUGAGGGGUAGGCUAACUUGGGUUGAACAGAGAGUCGCUGUUAGAGCUCUGGGACACCUGGCCACAUAUGCUAGUACAUUUCCUGUGGUUGCAAGCCACGGAGAAGUCCUUGAGAUCGCCGUUCAGUUGGCAUCGAGCUCUUUAGAAAUUGUGUACUCUCACUUUUAUCAGUAUGUGGAUAGGAGACUGAGUUAUCACUGUGAUCUGCUUACCCGUGGCAUGGGUGGAGUGGAAAUGGAGUCGAGGAAGGCGGAGGAAUGGGCUAGUCAGUUACAGUGUUGGUCUCUUCAGCUUAUUAAUUGUUUUGCCUUCAAGCCUGACUUUCUUCCCGAUAUAUGCAAGCCAGAAUUUUUAAUAAAGUUACCAGGCAUGUGGGGUGGACUUGUCAAUGAGAAUUCCCCAGCUGGCAUUGGUUUACUGCGAACAAUCUGCCAACACAAGCUCGGCAGGGGACCUGUUGCUAGUUGUCCAGGAAUCGUCGAAGCAUUGUGCAACAUUGCCCGUUCAUCAGACGACUGGCAGUAUAUGGCUAUUGACUGUCUCCUGUGGUUGCUUCAGGAUCCUAGUACUUGUCAGAAGGUGAUUGAUAAGGCAGUACCAGCACUUACAGACUUAGCGGACAUCUCAACUCUCGGGGAUCAUAAAAAACUUGGUGAUACUAUUGUUAGUGUCAUUCAAGAAGUUGUCCAAUCCCAAGGAACAAUCCGCAAUUCUAUCAACAGUCGGACAAAAGAGCAGAUUGAUGAGCUUCUGAGUUCACGGCAGAGGUUAAAAUGGGAGAAGAACAUUCCAAAGGAGGACCUUCAUAUAAAACAAGCAGCGGCGCUUGUUGUUAAGUUGGAAGGUAACUCUCUUUUCUCUUCAGGAAAUAUAGCCGGAGCUGCAGCAAAGUAUUCUGAAGCAUUAACACUGUGUCCUAUGAAGUCCAAGAAAGAAAGAGUUGUUCUAUACAGUAACCGUGCUCAGUGCCAUCUUCUCUUGCAACAACCUUUGGCUGCAAUAAGUGACGCUACACGUGCUUUAUGCCUUCACAAUCCUCCUAAUCGGCAUGCCAAAAGCUUGUGGAGAAGAGCCCAAGCUUAUGAUAUGCUCGGGUUAGCUAAGGAAAGCUUAUUGGAUGCUAUUCUGUUCAUUAAUGAAUGUUCUCAGUCAAAUGAUCCAGACCUUUCUCUAAGACAAAAUAAAGUUCCUGAUUAUGCUGAAAGGUUGGUGAAGAAGCAGAUGCGUGCCGCUUGGUUAUUCAGGGAAGCAGCUGUAAAACGCGGUGGUGUUCAUUCGGAGGGUAAUACCGGAGAUGUCUAUGGCCAAGAUGCCGAUGACUCUGAAUGGGAGACUGCCAGUGAAAGUGAUGUCGGGAACAAUGGAAGGCGAGAGGAGGAUGAUGAAGAUGAUGAUAGUGAAUGGAAAAAUGAAGAUAACCGCAAAGAUAAAUAUGACAAAACUUCUUCCAAAGACAGAAGCCAUGGGUAUGGCUUGCUGCUAGCUGAAGAUGAUCCAUAACUCUUCUAUGUUGUUUGGUGCUGUGCCGAUGAAUGCUCUUCCCUUUUUGACCUCAUUCCAUUGCAAGUAGUGCCUUCUGUCAAGACUUUAUUUGUGAGAAAAAUGCAUGGUUGAUGUUAUUAAACCAGAGAAGGUUGUUUUUUUUUUUA